AUGAUCCGUUCAAAAGAAUCGAAUUUCCUCAGAGGUGGUUUGUGCAGCGCAUUGAAAAUUCUGGAACACACACCAAUUUACGAAGAGGGUGAAGAAGCGUACACAAAAGCCAUACAGGAGGCUGAAAAGUUGGAUAUUCAGCUCAACAAAGACCAUGAAGCGCUGCUCGAGUUUGUUGAAGAUGUGCCUCAGGGUGUAUCUUUUCACCUGGAAAAGUUACUGAAGCUGUAUGAAGAGCGAUGUGCCGUUUCAAAUGUCACUGGAUCCUACGCUGAUAUAAUUGCCAAACUUCGUGACCGUCGCCCGGGAACAAUAGACUCAGAAGAAUGCGAUGGAGCAUUGUCAUCAAAUACUGAAGGCGAACAAGAAAUGAGAGUAGUCGAAGUAGUUCGAAAAUUGCGGGAUCCUCUUGGUGGUGGACAAAUCCGAGAUCCAGUCAAGAGUAAAGACUGCGGUCACGUAUAUGAUCGUAAAACUCUUCUAGAAUACAUUCGAAGCAGUAGGGCUCGUCGAGCAAUGUUCUAUCAAUGUCCAUAUAGUUUAUGCACAAACAAGAAGAAUAUGAACAUGGAUGAUAUGAUCGAUUGCCCUGAGUAUUUGGCUGCGUAA